CAAAAUGGUGCGCAACAAAUAUGAUCUUCAGAAACAGCAACUCAGUAUAGCGCACGAAAAAACAAGAGUCGGUAAAUACAAAACACUCUUUACUACCGCGCAAAUAAACACGCCCAGUAUGCCAAGCAGCACCGCGCCGCGGCAUGGCACCGGCGGCGCUUCUGCCGCGGUGGUCCCUGGUUCCAGCAGCAGCUCCAGCUCGCAGAAGAACCGAAAGCGACCCUUCUCCAUGCUGGUAGAGGAUUUACUCUCCGAUGUCACGGAAUUCGUCGACGAAGCGAUCGGGACCCAUCGGGCCUGGGUCGACGUGAAGAAGCAAGAGAUCUACGACGUCUUGCAGGCUGCCGAGCAGAACAAAACGCCCAUUCAGAAAAACCACAAAUGGGGCUUCUUCGUCGAGUCGGAAGGAAGGUACGGAGUUUUGGGAGAAUAUGUUUUUUCGCUUCUAGAUAGAUUUUGAUUGGUGGGCUUUUGAACAGUCUUCGUGUUGUCCAUCUCUUAUUCGUACAAAAUUGUCUACUUAAGUGCAAAAAUACCCAACCCAGGAUCGGCGACAUUGUGGAGCAUCACAUCGAUGUUUUGCGCACACACAUGGAGGAUGGCGUUCGUGCGAGGAAGCAAGCAAAACGCGCUCGACCACAGCCGGCGCAGCCAUCGUAUAGAGAGGCUCGUUGUUUUGAUGUUUUCAUUUCUUAAGGUGGGUCAUGUUUUUUUUCUGAUACUUAAAAGUCGUGGACAUUGAUUUGUUUGUUUCGUUUCCAACACAGAUCAUCGCAACCAGCUACCAAGACCAGCGCGGCGAUCGACGUCCGAGGGCCCCCUCCGUCGAAGAAGCCGCAGGAGAUGAAACAGCAGGAUGGUAUCAUGGAGGAUGAGCGGCAGUCCGGUGAGAGCUACCAUAGCACUCGAAGUUGGAGCACGAGUAAGGGACCACGCGUGGUGCAGGACCACCAGAGCAAGCUUAAGCCGACAGCUGGAGUGCCAUCUUCUACCAGCGGUGGGGCAGCCGGAAACAGCAAAUCGGCUGUCGCCUCCUCGAAGCCCAGUAAUUUCGAGCCCGCGCCGAUUGCGAAGGUCACCGCAACCGCCGUGACGGUGGCAGGGGCGGGCGGAAGUAGUAACAUCAAAUCGGGUAAGGAGGUCACCGCGGCGCCGCAGAACAACAGCAGCAAAUAUCAGUUUUUGAAGAGUACCAAGACCACGACGGAAAACAACAGCGCGGCAUCAAGCGGUGUGGGUGUUGCCCCCGGUGUACAGAAACCCACAGCGGGUAGUUCCUCUUCGUCGUCGUCGUCUUCUAGUAAGCCGGCUGCGAGCAGGUCGUCCUUUGGAGGAAGCAGUAAGAACCACAAGCCGCCGGACGCGAAAAGUAGCUCGUCGGGCAGCAAGAAAGAGGAGGAAAAGGCAGAAAGUUUCGCGGCUUCCGCAGCUCUAGCAGCCGGAUCCACGACGAACAAGGUAAUUGCCAUGGCCGGCGUAUUUGGCAAGGUGGGCACGGCGGGGGCGCCGACCCGGUUUUCGCAGAGCGGGAAUAAGCAGGAGCCCGUCCCGCAGCUGGCCUUUCAGCCGGUGCUCCGCCGGAGCGUCAACCGGGUGUCGCAAGAAAUUGGAGAGCACAACCCGGUCGCGAAGUCGCCGCCCAAACCGCGGCAGCUGGCGGCCGCCAAAGUGGCGCAGCUUCUCAGCAGCAAGAGCAAAUUGGACAAGACCCAUGACAGUGACGCGCUCGUGCGGGCGCUCAGCGAGGGCUACUACAAUAGCAAGCGAAAAAGCGACGUGGACAUGGACGCAUUGUUUGAGGACACGACGGACGUCUUUGCGGGUGCGAACAGCGCCGCCAAGCCGGCCGGGGCGGACGAGUAUGUGGUUGAUUUGAUAAGCUUUUCUGCAUGUGAAGUAGAUGAUCCUUUUGAAAAUAAGAUCGCGUAGCUUUAUGCACACAAAAGUCUUUUACUGUAUCUGCAUGUGUUGAGCGAUACAAACGAACGCACAACGAACGACAGGUCGAUGCCGCCGCCGGCAUUGCCAGCAAAGGCGUCUGCAGAUGAUGAAAAUGUUCCAGCCAAGGCUCCCCUGGUCGUUCCGGAAUCCGCGGACUUGAAAGUAAAGAACGAGGAGCCACUACCGCAGCCGCGACGGAGCGUGGCAGCGCUGAGCGAGAUGUUCAAAGCAGAUAAGAAGAAGAUCGACAAUUUGUCAGGAAGCGGCUCCGGUAAAGAAAAGGAGGGAAAAGUAGAAGUCGCACCAGCAGCACACGCGGUAGAGAAAGAAGUUGUGCAAGAAAAUAAACCCAAGAACUCGACCGAAAAGUCGUCCUCCUCUUCGAGCAGCAGCAGAGCGGAAAACAAGGAAAGGAAACCAGACGAGAACUCGUCGGCGUCGGGAAAAAACGCUGCUACCGGAGGAGGUUCUAACUCGAAGAAGAAAGAAGAAGAAGCCGUCGACCCCGAUCAGGCAGUUUCUGGCAAUCUGCGGGACAAGAAGGUUUCCACGGACAAGCGGUCCCAGAAAGACAAGAGUUCCGAGAAGGAGCCGCCGCGGAAGAGCGCGUUCGGCGGCGGGGCUGCGCGCGUGGUCGCGGCUGCGCAGCAGGAUGAGGAACUUGAGCAAAGCAGUCAGAAGAUUGACGAGCUGAUACUAAACAAGGGAGAAGAUGAUGGAAAAAAAGAGCAGCAAAACGCGGAAGACGGGGUGGAUGAAAGCAGGAACGACAAAAAAAUCAUGGCAGAUUCACUGCAGAAAAUCGACCACGACGAUGCAUUCAUGGACACGGGGCUGCUGUUUCGCGACAGCGCCGUGGAAAAACCGCCCCAGCCCGACGCCGAUAUCACGGCCGCGCUCCCGCGGGAACUGCACUUCGAGGCGACGGACAAGAUUCCGCUGGUUGGUGAGGCGGGGAGUAGUACAGGCAAGAAAUCAGACGACCCGGACAUGGUUUUCGCGCCUUACCCCUCCGUUUCCGUCGCGCCCUCGAAUAGUUUGUUCUCCUCGCACUCGCUGUUCAGCAACCAAGGCAGCAACCUGUUCAAGUCGGACGACGGCGGCAAACGGAAAUCCUCUCUGGUGCUUCCCAAACUGAUGGGCAGCGGCCCGCCAGUGGAACCAGCUGGCACAGCAGACGAGGGCGGGAAUAAAGUAUCAAAGCAGGACAACAUGGAGGCCGACCGGAAGAAGAUGCCGCCCCCAGGGGGAGUUCUUGGAGCGGCGGCUGCUGGUGGCAAAGUGCCCGCGGUCGUGCCCGGCAGCACAGUGAGUAACCAGUCCAACCAUUCGUGGUUUGGCAAUCCAAUCGUACUGGAUCCGGUGGAAAUUCAGAAGUUUUCCCCGGCGGAUUACUUCUCUGUCGGGUGUGCCAGCUCCGAUGCAGCGUACUUCACCGCGGGGUCAGGUAUAAGAGGAUGAAUGUACUGGAAUGAAAGUUACUGUGAUAAAAAGAUCGCCUCGAUCGGAGAUUUGCUUGUUUUUUUUGUUUUGAACAUGGCGCAGUGCAAGUGCUAAAAAGCUUUUCUGUUGCUUGCUUUGCAUACAAAACCUUCAAAACCAGCUGCCUCCUCUAGCCCAGAAAGCACACCGAAGGACAUUGUGGGUGGCUUGCUAGUGCAACCAGACGGACAACCGCCCGAACCGCCGAGCCGCUUGCCGCAGUCCACGCCGCCAGGGGUAUGGUCGUUGAAUUUUCGAUUUUGUACAAUUUCUCCAAAAGUCGAUGAUGAUGAGGAUGAAUUGUAUUUGACUAAUAUCAGCGGAAGGCGUUGCUAUUCGCCUUCGCAACUUGCGCUGGUGUGGCUACUUCCGUUCCCCACAACCACGAUCCAAACGCAUUCUCUCUCAUCAGGGCAUGCGCAGCGCGCAGACAGAACCGGACGCCCGACUGCCGACCGACGCGGCGCGGGUCCGCCGCGAGGCCGAACGGAAGCGGCUGGAGUCGCUGCGCACGCAGCGGCAGGCGAUCCGACACCUAAAGCGACAGGAGGACAACUACGAACUGAGUGACAAGUGCUCCACCGACGAGGAGUCCCCGGACCGGCGCGACAAGCGGGUGCCCGACUGGUGCCGCAACUGGCCGGAAAAGGUGCAGCAGCAGGGGUUGUUCGACCCGGACACGAUCUUUGGCGGCCGGGUGGCGAACCCGGACCUGGGCCGGAUCUUCGGGCCGGAGGUGCGCAGCAAGAAGAAGCGCCGCGGGUUAUCCUGAGCCAUUAGGUCCCCGCCCCAUAGUCAAGAUGGGAAAUCUGCUAGACAAAUCACUCAGCUUUGGUUGUUGCGGAUUACAAAAAUUUGGCCUCGUAAGUAGUGUGAUCCUGUUUAGCUUGUUCAGAAGCAUCACAGAUCUAGCCUGUUAUGCUGGUUGGAGCAUUACAAAUCCUAAAACACGACUAGAAAACGCCUGCCAUGGGUCUCCGCAUGAGAAACAUUUUGAGCAUGCAGAUUAGCAUGACAGAUGUUGGGUGGGGACGUUUUUACAUAGGAUACGGGUCCUCGGAGAACUGGGAAAAGGACCGGUUGACAAAGCGCGAAGUGGACGCCUACAAGAAGCGCACCAACCAGCUGCGGCCCUGGGUCAUCCAGGAGGAAGAGUGAGGAGUAUAAGGGGGAGCAAGGGGCUGUCCCUGUCGCAGCGUUUUCGGGGACAAGUUGCUGUGGUGGUAGACAUGCCACUGCGAAUGAUCUGAAUCUUAUGCCGUCAUUGAGAGCUUGUUUGAACUGUAUGACCUGUCAAGCACGAUAGAAUACAGUCAGUCUGUAGUCGGAAAUUGUUUACAAAUCGAAAUUAUGCGCCGCAAGGUGCUGGCUCGUGAAGUAUGCAGAGCGGGGAGGAUUCACGUUCUUAUUGGCCCGGUGAAGCGAUUCCCUUUCCGUAGAAUCUGCUGUGGCUGGUGGCGGAUGAUAAGAAG